GUUAUGUUACGUCAUCGAGAUGCGACGCAGGUGCCGGAUCCGAAGCAGGGAUGUAAUAUCAUGGCGGCUAUGGGGCUGGUACCUUGAAGCACAUCAGGGGUGAUGGCAGCAAGUUGCAGGACUCCCGCUUAUCCUUCCUGGAGGCUUCACAUCGCCAGUGAGCUGAGUCGGCGAGACCGGGAGCAGAGACAGGUGUUUGAGGAGCUCAUCUUACAGUAUAACCGGCUGCUGGAAAAGUCAGACCUUCAGUCUGUUUUGGCUGACAAGCUGCAAACAGAGAAAUAUGAGCAGCAGAGCCGCCAUGACAGCAGCCCAGGUCCAGAUGGGAUGCGUAAUGAUGCGAUACUGCAGGACAUGGCCCAGAUGAGGAUAAAACACCAGGAGGAACUUACCGAACUUCAUAAGAAAAGAGGGGAGCUCGCUCAAACAGUUAUAGAGCUGAACAAUCAGAUGCAACAAAAAGACAAAGAAAUCCAAGCAAAUGAAGAAAAGAUAUCUAAGUACUUGCAGACAAUCCAAGAUCUGGAAACUGAAUGCCAGGACUUAAGGAACAAACUGCAAGAACUUGAACGUGCCAAUCAGACCCUCAAAGACGAGUACGACGCUCUGCAGAUAACAUUUACUGCUCUGGAAGAUAAAUUACGGAAGACUACAGAGGACAACCAGGAGCUGGUGUCACGCUGGAUGGCAGAGAAAGCUCAAGAGGCCAAUAAGCUUAAUGCAGAGAAUGAGAAGGACUCAAAGAGAAGACAGGCCCGACUUCAGAAAGAGCUAGCUGAAGCAGCCAAGGAACCUUUGUCUUUUGAUCAUGAUGAUGAUAUAGAGGUGCUGAAUGAUAAUGCAGACCCUGUGGGAGACGGUGCUGGUGCACAAGCCACAGGCCGGAUCAUCAGUAAGCGAAACUCUCAACCUGCCGCAGGAGGCCUCCUGGACUCUAUCACUAAUAUCUUCGGGAGACGGUCCUUAAAUUCUUUCCCUACCUCGCACGACUGUGCAGAUUCCCAGGCAGCUGGAAACAGAGAGGUCAGGGUUCCGGCUACAGCGGUUUAUUCAUUUGAUGCUCAUGAUGGAGAAGUUAAUGCUGUGCGAUUCAGCCCAGGCUCCCGUUUACUGGCAACAGGUGGAAUGGACCGGAGGGUGAAACUCUGGGAUGUUAUUGGAAAUAAAUGUGAGGCAAAGGGUUCAUUAACAGGCAGCAAUGCAGGCAUCACCAGCAUAGAGUUUGACAGCGCUGGUUCCUACCUUUUGGCUGCUUCAAAUGACUUUGCAAGUAGAAUCUGGACAGUGGAUGAUUACAGACUUCGGCAUACUCUAACUGGACAUAGUGGGAAAGUACUAUCUGCCAAAUUCCUGCUGGACAAUGCCCGCAUUGUGUCUGGAAGUCAUGAUAGGACGUUGAAGUUGUGGGAUCUGCGCAGCAAAGUUUGCAUUAAGACAGUGUUUGCUGGUUCUAGCUGUAAUGACAUUAUUUGCACGGAGCAGUGUGUUAUGAGUGGUCACUUCGAUAAAAAGAUUCGGUUUUGGGAUAUAAGAACAGAAUGUAUCGUGCGAGAACUGGAGUUGCAGGGCAAAAUCACGGCUCUAGAUUUGAAUCCUGAAAGGACACAGCUACUUAGCUGUUCUCGGGAUGACCUUAUCAAAAUCACUGACUUGCGUGCCAAUGCUGUGCAACAAACCUUCAGUGCCCCAGGGUUUAAGUGUGGAUCAGACUGGACUCGGGUUAUAUUUAGCCCUGAUGGCAAUUAUGUGUCGGCUGGUUCGGCAGAAGGAACACUUUAUUUCUGGAAUGUCCUUACAGGAAAAAUGGAGAGGAUGUUUAGCAAACAACACAGUUCAUCUAUCAAUGCUGUGGCUUGGUCACCUUCUGGGACACACGUGGUCAGCGUUGACCGAGGAAGCCGUGGAGUCUUGUGGUCUGACUUUUGAUUCCAUUUGUGGUUUUAACUAUUUCCGUGAGGUCGGUGGCACAAUGAAGAUGUGGCCAUACGCUCCUCGUGUUUGUGAUGGGUCAGAGUGCCAACACCGAGCUUUCUUCUGUGAACUCAUUGAUGUUUGGCAGCAAGCGUUCCUGAAGAUGAAGCUUGGGUUGUCUUCACACCUCUGGCAGGAGUCAUUCAAAUCUAUUAUUCAUUUAAAUAGGCAAGAAAUACAUAAGGCUUCAGAUUUAAAGCCACCUUUCACCACACCUUGUUUGAAUUAAGGAGUAGCAAUGGGACGUUUGCUUUGAAUAUUUCCACAUGAAUUUUGAAACCGCUAUAGGCCGAAAACUGUUCCAAAAGUUCUUGCGUAACUCCUUCUGUUUACUGCUAAAAACCAAUUUAUACCCAUACAUCUGGUCAUCCCUACUGCCAGCUGAUCCUGAUUAUUGUGGUGCAAACUAUAACCAGAGAUAAAUCCUUUAUUUUUGAUAUUUAUCCAGCAGCAAUAUUUUAUUUAAUUUUUUUUUUUUCGGUUAAUGCUUUAAAGGUAUACUGUCAUGGGGGAAAUAUAAAAUUCAAAACACAUUAGGUAAUAGUGCUGCUCCAGCAGAAUUCUGCAUUUCUCAACAGAGUAAACAAAUUUUUGUUUUUUGUUUUUUGUUUUUUGUUUUUUUUUAUUUAAUUUUAAAAUCUGACAUGGGACUAGAUCUGUCAAUUUCCCAGCUGCCCCCAGUCAAGCGACUUGUGCUCUGAUCAACUUCAAUCUUUACUGCUGUACUGAAAGUUGGCGUGUUAUCACCCCCCCCCCCCCCCAGCAGCCACAACAGAACAAUGGGAAGUAAACAGAGAGCAGCUCCCUGACACAAGAUAACAGCUGCCUGGUAGAUAUAAGAACAACACUCAAUAGUAAAAAUACAGGUCCCACUGCGACACUGAGUAGGAGAAACAGCAGCCUGCCAGAAAGCAGUUCCAUCCUAAAGUGCUGGCUCUUUCUGGAAGCACAUGACCAGGCGAAAUGACCUGAGAUGGCUGCCUACACUCCAAUAUUACAACUUAAAAAAAAAAAAAUACACUUUUUGAGUUGAGAAUAAAAUUUUACAUGGUAGAGUGAAUUAUUGGCGUGGAAUUUAGAAAAUGAAAAACUACACCAUAAAAAUCAUGACAGAAUCCCUUUAAGCCAAUACAUUUUUGGUGUGGGUGCACCAAUGAUUGAUCAGAUACUGAAAAAUCCGUGUGAAAUUUUGCCAAUUCCAGACAUCUUUAAAGUGCUUUCAUGUCAUUGCGCUACUGUGUGACGCAGGCUUAGCUGUAAGUUCAUCAGUGGGACUUUCAUUGAACGGCCCAGUGUAUCAUUACGAAAGAGACCGGGAUUUUGUAUCUAGAAAUAGUGUCCAGAGCUUGUUCUUGCCAAUGUAAUCGUUACCACUUUGCUAAUCUAUUUACAUUUCAGUUAUGGCUCAUAAUAUAAUGUGCUACUUUCUGAUAUGAUGUUGGUUUUCUGUUGAACAAAUACACUCUUCUAUACGGUUUACAUUGUGCUAUUGCAGUGCCACCGCACAGACCCACCAAUGGGGGUUUCCCCUAAUAAAUCUCUCCAGUAUAUUUAUUAUACAAAUGAUUUUGUAAAUAGUAAAACUAAUUAAUUAUUGUAGGAUUCCAACAUUUACCUGGAUAUUAGACCGACUGUUCAUUCUAGACCAUGUUUCCUAAAGGAGGCAAAAAGCACAUUUGAAUUCCCACACGCACGCUUUAGUAGACUCCAUGUUAUGCGCUGCUUGUUCUGUAAGGGUUUGCGUUCAGAGAAUGAGACAUUGUAUCUCCCAGGAAAGCUGCUGUUAUGGAGGGCGUCUCUGCUCCAUGUCUGUUGGGUUUUUAUGAUUUGUUCAUAACUGCUGGUUUGCACAGGACACUUUGUAAAAUAAACUUGCUCUGUCGGUUCGAA